AUGGAUACAUUGACUUCACAAUUUGCAGCACUUAAAGGACUUGCUGAAGGGUUUGAAGAAUUUAAAGACUUAACCCCAGAAAACGUUGAUAACGCAAUUUUAAUCGCAAACUCACUUGCUCCCCCUCCAUUAGCGAACAAAACCAUCGGAAAAAUCCAUUUUUUUUGGUAAAAACCCCACCCUAUGAGCGAAAAUUUUUUAUGAAAUAUAUUGAUAUAUAAGUGAUAAUUAGUAUAAUGAAAUCUCUAGCUAAUUCUGUUGAAUUUUAAAUAUCUUUUAUUUUAAAAUAAAAAUUUUCAAAUUAAAUUAAUUUUAAAUUUCAACUGAAAUUUUUAAUUUAAAAAAAUAUUAAUCCCCUUCAUGAGUGAGAAAAAUUUAUUUAUUCAUCCACAGAGGCGGAGUUAAGCAAGUAAUCGCCAGAGAAGCUUUGUUUUCCUCAAAUGAACUUCUAGAAGACCUUCCCACAGAACACAUAAAGUUGCUUCUUACCCCUUAUUAUCAUGCAUUAGUGUUGCUGAAAAACACAGACCAAGCCAAACGAAAAUCAAAUCUUGAAUUUUCCCAAGGAUCAUUUGAAGAGUUCUUAAAUUACCUUGAUAAUUACAGAGUAGUUGAUGAAAAAUUCAUUGAAAGGUGGAAAACCCCAGCUGAGCCUACAAGAGAUCAGAAAAUAGCUGAUUUCAAAGCAAAAAAAGCGAUAGAGCAACAAAUUCAGCUGCUUGAAUCCAGAAAUAACCCGGACGAUCUUCGGGAUCUUUAUAAACUCCAGCUUCAGCAUGCUGCUUCCCAUACCCUUGACCAAUUAAGAUUUGUGAAACUAGAACUUCAAGUCUUAGAGUUUAAAAGCACGCAGGAAACCAAUCCUCUUCCUCCGCCACCUCCGCAAAGGCCACCUCAGAUCUUAAAAAUAGACGAAUCCAACGUAAAUUUAAUAAAUCCACUGAUUUCUUCAGGAGCUGACAUAGCUAAAGCAAGACACAAUAUUGAGCACCAAGUUUUCCAGCCAGGCCACCGCCAGCCUUUAUAUACUAUUGAAGAAUGGGGAGAAAUCGAAUGCAAGAUGUGCAUGGAAAGAGAAGAAAAGCAGAAACAAGCUGAAUUAGAGAGGAAAAGGGAGCAGGAAGAAAAUCCUGAAGAUUAUGAAGAACAGAAAAGGAAAAACGACGCAGGCUGGGAUGAUUGGAAAGAUAUGCAUGAAAAAGGUGCAGGGAACAGAAAUGGCAGAUAG